ACAUAUUAUAUUAUAUUAUGAUAACUGAUAAGAUAUAAUAUCUUAAAUCAUGAUUUACCUUGUAUUUUUUAUUGUUCUUGAUAAGAAUACAAUAUUUUAUAUCUUUGUUGGUGUUGCGUCUUUAUAUUUUCUAUUUACAAUGUCGGACAUAGAAGAUACGCCAGAGGUGUUUGAAGAAGAAGGACCGUCGACACCAAAAAAGAAAAGAUCUCUAAGGAAUGAACUUUCCAAACAUGAAAAAGAAAAACACAGAAAGCAAAAAUAUAGAGAAGAAUGGGAGAGCAAUAAGGAAUUUAAAGGUUGGCUUAAACCUGAAAGGGAUAAUCCCUUUAAGGCUAAAUGUAUCAUGUGCAACGUGAGUUUUGUUUCUGAACUGAGUUGCAUUAAAAAACAUUGUAACAGUUCGAAUCAUAUAAAGUCACUAAAAAGUUCGUCUCACUUUAAAAAUAUUAUGUUACAUUUUCAAGUUAUGGCGAAAUCUAAUCCUUUAAAUAAUUCUGUCAAAACCGCAGAAAUUAAAUUGUCUGCUCUUUUAGCUGAACAUAAUGUAGCAUUUUCAUUAAUCAACCAUUUAGAGCCCUUAUUAAAAGAAAUUUUCCCAGACUCUAAAAUUUGUAAAGAAAUGAAAUUGAAACGAACUAAAGCUACAAACAUUAUUACAAAUGUAAUUGCGCCUGUGGAAAAAGAAAUGUUAAGUCUAAAACUGAAUAAAAAGUCCAAGAUUAUUGUUACAAGGUUUUGGGACUUAGUACAGGUCUUUGAUGUAAAAGAACCAGAGACAGUUGAUAAAGGAGCAACUUCAGAAAAUCUGUUUAGUAAAUGUAUUCAGUCAUUUGAAAAUCAUAAUGUUGAUGUAAAAAACAUUGUUGGAUUUGGUUCUGAUGGCUGUUCGACAAUGAUGGGGUCUAAAAAUUCUGUUUCAAGCCGGCUGAAAAUCACAUUCCCGGGAAUCUUCGUAAUGAAAUGUAUUUGUCAUUCUCUUCAUUUAUGCUGCAGUGAAGCAUGCAAGUCCUUGCCCCGAAGAAUUGAAGAUUUUGCUCGGAAUGUAUUUAAUUUUUUCAGCCACAGUAGUAAGCGACAGAGCCAAUAUAUAGAAUUUCAAAACUUUUUCAAUAUUUCUGUACAUAAAUUGCUGCACCCAUCUCAGACGAGGUGGUUGUCGCUAUUUGCUGUUGUCCAGCGUAUUUUGGAACAGUGGAUGGCUUUACAUUCAUAUUUUAAUGAAAAGUGGUUUUCAGAAAAACUUGUUGCUGCAGAAAAUAUUUAUACCCAGCUGAAUGACCCUUUUACAAAAAUGUAUUUUUUUUUCUUGGAAUGGGUGUUGCCAAAAUUUAGUGCAUUAAACCAGUAUUUCCAAACUGAGCAAGUGGUAUUGAAUAAUUUAAAUGAAAAAAUGGAAUUAGUUUACAAGGAAUUAUUACUAUGUUACAUGAAAAGGGACUAUGUUCUCCAAACUCCAUUAGCUACAUUGAAUCCUGCCGAUCAAAGUAAAUUUAUGAGUCCUUCAGAAGUUUAUUUAGGAGUUAAAGUCCUUACUCAUACAAAAACCCCAGCUAUAGUACAAAGGCCAGAUUUGCUAAAAGAAUUUAUUUCUAGAUGUGUUGAUUUUCUGAAAGUUAGCUGUGUACAAAUAAAAAAACGUUAUGAUUUUUCUAACCCAAUUUUACGAUUAUUAAAUUUGUUAACACCAAAGGUAGCUCUUUCUUCAAAAACUAGGAUUGAAUAUCCAUCUGUGUUAUGCCUUACACAACUACUGCCUAGAAUGGUGAAUCAAGAUCAAAUUCAACUUAUUGAUGAUGAAUGGCGAACAUUACCAUUAGUGGCUUUACCAGAAAAUAUUAAAUUAGAAAAUCAGCCUGAUAAAUUUUGGUCAUUAAUACUUGAUUUGGAAUCAGGUCAAUUCAAAGAACUUGCUACAUUUGCUUUGAAUGCAUUUUGUCUGCCUCACUCUAAUGCUAGCUGUGAACGAGUUUUUAGUAAAAUUAAUUGUAUUAAAACAAAAUCUAGAAAUAGAUUGAUUGUUAAAACGGUAGCUUCUACAGUUAUAGCUAGUGAAUGCAUUAAAAAAGAAAAUGGGAACUGCAUUACAUUUCAACCAACUAAAACAAUGGUAGACAGUAUGACAUCAUCUACAUUGUACCCAACAACAAAUAAGACUGAUACCUUUGAAGACUUUUUUCUAGAAGACUGAAUUAUUAUUUAAAAUCUUUAUUAUAAAAAAUGUUUUUUCACCAAAAAAGAAAAGACUGUUAAUUUAAAAUUGUUUUGUUUUAUACAUUUAUAAUCAUGUUAUAAAAACAUAGUUAUUAUAAAAUAUGUUUUUUUUUAUCAA